GGCACGGGUUUUCCCCGUGCACAAAGGCGUCUUUUCCUGACGUAACUCUGAGGUAUAUUUUUUUUCUCCCACCGAGUAGGGCUGCGGUCUCGAGUGCCUGUGUGCGCCUGCGCAACUUACAAAAUUGGUUUCCCACCCCUUCACGGCGCAUGUGUGGACUUUCGCAGCCACGCUUCGUAACAUGGGUUACUCGUGUCGCUGCGUUCUAUGAGUUCCGUAGUGCGCAUGUCUGUUGCCCACCGCUUGUUCGCAGCUGCUUUCUCUUGCUGCGCCUGUGCAGUGCCCAUACAGGAACAGGUUGAUUGCACAUGCGCCACACUUGGGUAUCAUCUCUGUGGGUGGUUGUGUGAGCGUGCGCAGGAAAAUGGGUGUGGUGGGUUGUUGAGCCUUAUGAUGUCAUUCUGGGCAAGGAAUGCAAGGGUAGGACUUGUUCUCUGCAGAAAAAAAAAAGGAGUUUAUUGAUUGCAGCUUUCCUGGUUGUUCGUUAUACUUGCUUCUCACAUGUUCUAAUGAAUAGGCUGGGAUGCUAGGACUUGGAUGUGGAGGCUCAAGUAUUAAAGCUGACCCACUGACAUAGACGGUUUUACCCUAAACGUGAAUAUAGAUGGGCUGAGUCUAGUUAUGCAGAAGGACGUUGGGAAAUACUGUGUGCACGGCUUUGCUCAUUCUAGGGUUUAAACCUAGUUUUGAGAAAUAGUGCUGGCUUGUUUUUGCAGAAGCUUUGGCUGAUCUUUGAAUAGCCAUGCCUCAAGUUAUUCCUUGUCGACCUGGGCAUCAGGCUUUGAUGUCAGUACUGCUGAGUUGGAGUAGUUUGAGGUGAUGCUAAUGCUGUUGUAUCUAAGUAAUAAAACAUUGUUUGUUUCUAGCGCAUAUAUGUGUCCACUUAGAAGCCCCCGAAUCAAGUGGGACUCACUUCAUUGCUUGCUUUAAAAGUGAUUAGCAAGACUGAAAUAGCACGGAGAAGCCAAUUAUUGUUUUUAAAAUGGUAGCAGUCACUAAAAAUUGCUUUUACAUAAGGCAGAUCAGGGUUUCUGAACAUUCAUGGGUGAAAUUGAGGAGAACUUGGUGGUAGCAUGUUCUUUAAGCCUAGUAUCUGUCGCUCUCUCCAUGCACUGAAGGAGCAGCUCCACUAUCAAAGAUUAUCAUCACAGCUCUGAUUGACUGAGGCUCCCUGUAUUCUGAUCUCUACUGCCAAUAAUAUUGGUGCAUGUGUCCCUUUCAGCCUGGUCAUAUCUGCCUGCUCCAUCUCUGCAGGUGUAGGGGGUGCUAUCUAACCAUGAGCCAUAGGAUUGCAGACCUGAUUUAUGUUACUCUUCAUUAUCAGUACCAUCUGAUAUACAGACUGUAAAGUAAUUGGAGAUUAAAGAGGAAAUGCAAUCCUGAACCUAAGAUUUCUGUCAUUUUGGAGUGUUUUAAAACAGAAGAAAGAAAGUUUUUGUGGUAAACCUAAAUCAUGGAGGGACUCUUGCAUUAUAUAAAUCCAGCACAUGCUAUUUCUCUUCUAAGUGCUUUAAAUGAGGAACGAUUGAAGGGGCAACUCUGUGAUGUUGUGCUAAUAGUAGGAGACCAAAAAUUUCGAGCUCACAAAAAUGUUCUGGCUGCCAGCAGUGAAUACUUUCAGACUUUGUUCACUACAAAAGAAAAUGAAUCUCAGUCAGUGUUUCAGCUUGACUUCUGUGAACCAGAUACUUUUGACAAUGUGCUGAACUACAUUUAUUCCUCAUCGUUGUUUGUUGAGAAAAGCAGCCUUGCUGGUGUGCAAGAAGUGGGGUACAGUCUUGGAAUUUCCUUUCUUACUAACAUUGUGUCUAGAAGUCCUCAAAUCCCUUUGCCUCCAUGUCCUGUUAAGAAACUACUAUUCCAAGAGGAAGAUGAAAACAAUUCCCAGAAAAGAAGUGUCAUAGUUUGUCAGAAUAAAACUGAAGUGCAGGGGGAACAUGUUGGGCAAAGCCCACAUGACAUAAGCCAUAGUUCUCAAUCCUCACCCUUGGUUGCUGCCAAAACUAAGCGGCCACAAGUAUCACAGUCAACUGAGUUUUUGCAUAGCCUAUCACUAAAUGAAAGGAGAUGGCUGAAAGACAGCUCUCUAAGAUACAGCAAGUCUCACGAAGCAUCAAGUGCAGCGGAUGAUCAAAACAGAACUAAAAGAAAUGCAGUAUUGUCUCAGAAACCUUUUGCAGACAAGGAAGCAGUUGCAGAUGAACCAGGAGGAAGCAAUCAGCUCUUAAAAGGAAAAUCAGCAGAAGUACCUUUGAAAAGGCCUUGUCCACCAGCUGUGUCUCUGUGUAGUUCACCAGAAUCCACAUUUUUGUUCAGAGAGACAGGAAAAGGAGAAGACAGGAAUUUGCUGUACUAUUCCAAGUUAGGUUUAGUGAUCCCAUCUAGGGUGUGUGGUUCUGAAAACCAAAGUAUUGACAGGAGUGGACCACUUGUAAAAAGUCUCCUUCGAAGAUCAUUGUCUAUGGAUAGUCAAGUUCCUGUUUAUUCAUCUUCUGUGGAAUUGAAGAUUGCCCAAGGAUCUUCAGUGGUGAACAACACACAAGGAAGAAUAUUAAAUAUAAUAUCCCAAAAGUCAUCCAUGAAAGAUUGUACAGAAAAGGCAGUUGCUGAUGACAAGAUGCAGGUAAUGCAACCACAUCGCCUUAGGUCCUUUAGUGCUUCCCAGUCAACAGACAGGGAAGUAACUUCUCCUGUUAGAGAAAUACGAAUAAAAACUGAACCUAGCAGUCCCCUUUCAGAUCCUUCUGAAAUAAUAAGAAUUACAGUGGGGGAUGCUUCAUCAUCUGCCAAUAAAAGCAACCCUUUUAAAGCUGAAGUUGACCAUAGGGAUCUCAGUAGACUUCCUGUUAAAAGAAGGUUUCAAGCAGACAGAAGGCUACCACACACAAAAAUUAAGGUGGAUGAACAUGCUUCCCCUGGGCCAGAGGACAAUUUUGAGGAAAACUCAAAUCCUACACCCUUUGCAGACUUCCCAGAUUCUGACAUUAGCAAAGAUGAAUGUAGUGAACUGGAAGAAACAAAGCCUAACAAAAAGUUUAAGUGCAAACACUGCCUUAAGAUUUUCAGGUCAACAGCAGGUCUUCAUCGUCAUGUCAAUAUGUAUCAUAACCCUGAAAAACCAUAUGCUUGUGAUAUUUGUCAUAAGAGAUUUCACACAAACUUCAAAGUUUGGACACAUUGCCAGACACAGCAUGGAAUUGUGAAGAACCCCUCACCUGCUUCCAGUUCACAUGCUGUCUUGGACGAAAAAUUCCAAAGGAAGCUCAUUGAUAUAGUGAGAGAGCGAGAGAUUAAAAAGGCACUGAUUGUUAAACUAAGACGUGGCAAGCAAGGUUUUCAGGGACAGGCUGGUUCACAAGUACAACAAGUCAUCAAAAGGAACCUGAGGUCAAGAGCCAGAGGAGCCUACAUUUGUAACUACUGUGGGAAAGCAUAUCGCUUCCUGUCACAGUUUAAGCAGCAUAUAAAAAUGCACCCAGGGGAAAAGCCAGUUGGAGGGAAUAAGGCUAUUAAGCCAAAAGAGGAUACUCCUGUUGAAAGCCCAGUCGAAAACAAAAAGGUUUACCAGUGUCGUCUUUGUAAUGCUAAGCUUUCCUCUCUUAUUGAACAGGGAAAUCAUGAGCGGCUGUGCCGGAAUGCAACAGUUUGUCCUUACUGCAGCCUUCGGUUUUCUUCUCUAGAGUUGAAGCAUGACCAUGAAAUCACAUGUGAGUACAAGAAGCUCACUUGCCUAGAGUGCAUGCGCACUUUUAAAUCCUCCUUCAGUAUUUGGCGUCAUCAGGUUGAAGUGCACAACCAAAAUACUAUGGCUCCAACAGAGAAUUUUUCUUUACCAGGUCUGGAACACAAUGGUGAAGCAAGUAGUGCUUCAAGACUGCAUGCUCAGUCAGAACCUAACAAAAUGAACAACUUCAUUGCAGCCAAAGAAGAUGGCGUAUUCAGUGAUUCCUCAGAACAGAUUAACUUUGAUUCAGAGGAUUCCUCAUGCAUCCCUGAAGAUCUUAGUAUUUCCAAACAAUUUAAAGUUCAGAUCAAAGAAGAACCAGCAGAUGAUGGAGAAGAGGAGGUCUCUGAAAGUAAUCGGGAACCUAAGGAAAUGGCUGCUAAUAAAGACAGUGGUUUGUGGCCCUGCGAAAAGUGUGGAAAAAUUUUUACUAUACACAAACAACUAGAACGUCACCAGGAGCUCUUGUGCUCUGUGAAGCCUUUCAUUUGCCAUGUGUGCAACAAGGCCUUCCGGACCAAUUUCCGUCUCUGGAGUCAUUUCCAAUCCCAUAUGGCACAAGCUGCAGAAGAACCAGUGCGUAAAGAACCGGAGAUGUGUGCAUCGGCUAAUUCUCCAUCACCACCACCCUUGCCUCCACCUCCACCACUUCCCAAAAUCCAGCCUUUGGAACCUGAUAGUCCUACAGGCUUGUCAGAAACUCCUUCAGCUACUGAGAAAUUAUUUGUUCCACAGGAAUCAGACACUCUUUUUUACCAUGCUCCACCACUUUCAGCUAUCACAUUCAAAAGACAGUAUAUGUGCAAACUCUGUCACAGGACAUUCAAAACUGCAUUUAGUCUUUGGAGUCAUGAGCAGACACACAAUUAGAAAAAAUGCAUAAAGAGUGCCUACAGGGAGUUAUAUAUCCUGUUAAAUUUCCAUGAUGUUGCUGAAAUUGCACCACUGAAAUAAGAUAUAGAUGUAUACAUACACGUAUGUAUAUAAUAUAAAGUGACAAGAAUCCUCAAGAAUUAAAAUUGAAAGUGUAUGAUGCUCCUUUGGUUGUGGAGAUUAAGGUAAAUGAAAUUUAUUAUCAUAGAAAAGAUAGCUCAGUUUCUUUAAGUAUUGUAUUCCAAACUUUCCUCAUUUCAGAAUUUCAUUAAUAUCUGCAUACAUCAUCCUCAUCCUGUGAUAUUGGUAUAUAUGCAUUCAUGUUAAAAAGCAACAGCAACUUAAAUAAUUUAGAGUAAUAGAAAUCAUGCAAUUAUUUUUUCGGAGAGUAACAAUCUCAUGAGCUCUUUAUCAUUCAUUUGAGGUUAAGGAAAGAAUUGGAUUGAGUGCUUCACUGUGUUGACCUUGAUCUUACUGAGGGUUAGCAAUAACAAACAAAACCUCAUUUGACCCUUAUUGAAAGUUUUUUAUUAACAUGAACUUUUUGUUGUUGUUACUGCGAUUUUCUGUAUGGAUGUAAUGUAAGGUACAAUACAAUUUAAACUUAGCAAUACAUGCAUAUUUGGAUUUUUAUAUACAAAGUAGCAGCCAGCCUGCCUCCAGCCAUUUUAAUGAAUUUUUGAAGGAAGGAUAUAGGAACAAAGAUACAUUGCUUUAUUUGAUUAUCUGAGGCUGAUAUUCUAUACAUAUUUUGAUACCCAGAGUGAAUAUGAUGAGUAGCAGGCAGCUGAUAUCCUAAUGCAAACUAUAUUUCUUUAGUUUUAGCAUGGAACAGCACUGAAUGGAUGUCAAAAAUUCUUGUACUUUAUUUCUUCUGAUCUGUGUUGGUGGUGGAUGUGUUUUCUUACAAUGGAAUGUAUGCAUAUGCCAGUUCUGGAUACAGGAAGCAAAUUCAGACCCAUUAGAUAAUAGCGGUGAACACAUCCAGAGCUACACAUUCAAAUGUAAAUAGUUACAUAUGUAUAAAAGAAUAAAAUAAAAAUGAAGACCUUUAUUAAAAAUGCCUAGUUCAGAGUGGAGUGGAAAUUGCAACAAUGCAUAUGUUGUAUUUCAUAAAUGCAAACAGGAUGCACAGGGAGAAGAAUGUUUCAUAAUUUGGCCAUAUUUUUACAUUGUGCAUUUGUUUAAAAGAGCGCAAAAAUCAUUUGAGGCACCCUCCAGGGCAGACAUAAGCUUAGGCCUAUUGACUUGUGUGGGCCUAAUAUACUUGAUUGUGGCUUUGAACUAUAGUUAGGCUUGCCUUUCAGAGCAAAUGUAUCCCAUUCACUCCAGUAUGUAUCCAUCUGCUUCUUACUUGCAGGAGACUACUCAUACACUUUUCUAAAUAUGCAGAUAUAUUCAAAUUUAUGCACAAAUAUGAAUGUGUGUGGCGGGGGCACCAUUCAUGGAUUUUGUCAGCUGGAAUUAAUGGAGAAGCCAUUCUGUGGAGGCAGCUCUGUGUGCCUGUUGGUUCUCUUGCAGCUGAGAAAGACUGGAGUCAGGUAAAAAGUUGCAGCAGGCCUUUGCCCCUAAAUGGCAGAGCAAAAUCAGUAGCACAGUCAUCAUUAGGAAUGCCCUGUGCUAGGAACCCUUUAUAGUUCAAUUUCUUGCUCAAAAUUCAAAUGUAAGCCAGGCUUGUAACUAGUGACAUUUUGAACUUUAUCUAAUGGGCUUUCAUUAGAAUGUGUGAUGAACUUGUGACUAAUGUAGAUGCAACAGUUAGCUCUUGCAGAUCAUUUUGGAUCAUGAGAGAAGAUAACAUUUUUAUUCAGCACUAGCUAGUUGUGAUAUUCAUUAAAGAAUAGGAUGGGAACUUUGUUAUUAAGUUUUGACAGAGGCAGGAGUAAUAGCUGGUACCCCAAUUCUGAAUACAUUUAUUUUGCAGGAAUUCUGUUAAAAGUGGAUGCAAAUCCAUUUCCAUGUUAAUCCAGUUGCAAUAGCAUCUAGCACUGUUAUUAAGACUCUUACUACUUAGACACAAGUCUAAUAAAAUAGUAGUUGUAAGCCACUGAAUGUCAUUAAAAUGUGUUCAGGUCUUUUCUGAAAAACAGCUCCACACUCCGCUGCAUCAGCAUUUAAAGAUAAACUCAGGAGUGUUUUAAAAGCAGCUUCUCAUAAGCCAUGAAGAACUAUUCUUUAGAAGUAAAAUGUUCCAUUGCAUGUAGAAUUUCCAUAAUCUAAAACACUAAAAACCAAAAGUGGAGAUUGUGUAGAAGUGUUGGGAUCCUAAGGCAUGGCCACAACCACUUACUUGGUCUCCUGUCCGCACAGAAGGCAAACUAGUCUGAUAUACCUUGAGCAUAUUGGGCAGCUGGACUACCCAUUUACUCAGUACAGUGAACCCUGUUCAAACUACACCUUGUGAAGGGAACAGGGUAUUUGUAGGCUUCCAGACCAGGAGCUGCAGCAGCCAGUUUCAUCACCCAAAGUUACUGUACAGCUGCUGUGCUGCUUUACCCUCUGGUGCAGCGGGUUUAUUAGGGGUUACCUGUUUAUACUGAUGAUGCAGAGCGUUUGUGAAUCACGCCCCUAGUACUUAAAAACGUUAUCAUGCUUCCGAAAUUAGUUAGGCUCCUAACCUGAUCCCAUGCAUGUUUACCCCACAGUAAAUCCUCGAAAGUUCAUCUAAGAACUAUCUCCUGAGGAAAUGUAAUUAGGUCUGAAAUCUUUGAGGUUCUAUAUUGGCCUUUAAAAAAAACAGGAGUGUGUUGAUUAGUAGAAUUUAAGAUUGUUAUUUUUUUACCAAUAAUCAAAUAACUCAGUAAACGGUUUGCAGUGACAAAUACCUUACUCUCUUCCUAAACACAUUUUACAUAAGUGAACAUUUUAUCAUUUAUUCAAGAAGUUAAAGGAUUUGAUUGGCAUUGUAUUACACUUUGUAAGACACCUACUUUAGAAUCAGAUUCACACACAAUCUUUAAAAUCUAACAUGCUUGGACUGAUUAUUCUGUGAGACAAAGCUGGGUUUUUCCCGAUUAGUAUUAAGAAUCAUGGCAGUUUAAAGUAAUAGUUGAAAAGAUUAUUUCUUCGUUUCAAAUUAAAAUUAAUUCUGAGUAUGAAUGUACUUUGCUGGUUAUUUAAAUUGAAUGAAACUAAUGCUGUGUUUGCAUCUAUGUGUUACAUUAUAUAACAUAAAACAAAAUGCUUUAUGUUAUAAAAUGAGGUUUAGGCAAAUUGACCCAGGAACUUUCUCCUACAAUGCAGCAUUCCUUAUCUUCACCCAUCUGUAUCCCUGCACUUACAUGGAAAAAUGUGUGUGAAAAAUGUGACUAUAAAUCAGCAUAAACUGCAUUAAAGCAGCUGUGAUCAGAGAAAUCUAUGCUGCUGGCUCUUGGGGUAUUCACAGAGGACGUGUCUCCAAUCCACGCAAAUGUGCCUGAGGAUGGCCAAGAAUGCUCGUGGGUCAGAAAAGAGCACAAGCCAACUCAAUUUUUACACUGGUCUGUACACAAAGCACUUUUGCCUUUCCAGGCUGGUACCCUCCAGCUCUGUUGGGGUGCAACUUCCAUCAUCCAUUGUGGCUGGGGAUGGUGGUACUAUAGUCAGUUUGGUUUAUCUGAACUCCUGGGACUAUUUGAAUAACUCUCAUUGAGUUCAGUGGAUUGAAGGUCACAUCUUUUAUUAUCUGUUACCAAUAUUUAAAUCUAGCGGGGCUCCUGUGCCGCCAUUGGCAAAGUGGCACCUCCCAAGUUGCGCAGCCCUACGUCAGAUAGUUAGGUGACUGUCCAGGGAAUGAACAUUCUUCCAGCAUCGAUUCUAGGCUGAAACAACUUAUUGUAAGCCCUGCUUUUAAAAAAAAAAGUUUUCCUCAGCCUGACUUGAAAAAGGCGAAAUAUGCCUUCCUGCCAAUGCUUAAGCAAAAUUAGACAUUUCAAACAGAGUACCACUAUGAAUGACAUUUCAGUUAAAGUUAUACAAUAAAUCUGAGAAAUAGGGCUUUUCCUUGCAACAAAAUGCUGUAAGUGAAUUUCCCUAGUGAUGAGAUGGUUGCAAGUUACUCCCCCCAUCAAUUCUUGUUCCUUAAUUCUAAAAAAUCCCUGACGGAGAAUAAUUUUUGUAAAGAUUUCCUCCUACCUUUUUAUUAAAAACUUUUUUAAAGCCCUAAGAAUGUUUAUUUUGGUGACCAUGAGAUAAGUAUGCUUCCACUUAAAGAUUAAUAUAUGUUUUUAAAGUUAUAAAUUAUGAAAGUUUAUUAUAUACUCUAAAUCUUGUUCAAGGAAUAUAUUUAGUUUGAGCAUAAUAAAAAUAAAAUGAAAUCUAUUGAUUUAUCUUUUAAUUUUGCAGUGCUGUGAAGAAAAUACUGAAAUACUCUACAAGAAAAAAUGCUUUGCCUUUUUGUUUGGGUUGCUAUUUUUAUCAAAGUUCACAGUUUCUGAAUAGGGAGUUGGGAUAUGACAUAAGAAAAAUAUGCAGGUUUAAAAGAUACAUAUUGUACCUUUUGUCUUUAUAUAGGUCUGUUGAUAAAAUGAGUGAACUUCAGUCCCAUUCAUCAUAAUCACUUAAAUGAAAAUUUCAUGUCAACAUGAUCAAAAGUGGCCCUUGAAAUUAAAAGAAUUUCAGGCCCAUGAAAUAACUGGAGAAGUACUCCAGCAAACUUCAUCGACAUGCAUCUGCAUAUGAACAUUUAACUGUGAAAUUCACCAGACUUGAAAAGUUCUUUUUAAGUUCUAAACAAAUGCUUUCCUGAACUCUGUCCAUAAUAAAUCUUUCUAAAUAGUUAUGGAACUGACUGAUAGGAAGCUUCAGAAAACUAGCCCUUUCAAUGAAUGAAUGCUUGGAAAUCGCUCCCAGUGAUUUCAAUGAUCGUUGUUUCCAAAGAGGGCUGCAGCCUAGAUUAUUCCCCCACUUCUCCUAAUGUGCAACCAUUGGCUGCUAUUUACAAGUUUUUCACGUCAGAGUGGCCCCAGUUAGUUCAGAGGGGCUAAUUUCAGUGGAUUGCAUCUAAGGAUUGUCUUCCAGUUAGCUCCUUUGUUUACUUCUAUACUUACCAUUUUCCAGAAUGGUAUUGCUUCUACUUGCCUUGCUACUCUUAAUAGCAAUUCUUGGUUUCUGAAGCAGAAUUCAUGGGGGUUUUUUAACCUGUGCUGUUUCAUUGCCUCCUCUGGUACUGUAAAAGAGCUUAGUAAGUAAGCAGAACAGUCUUUGAAUUAAUCUCAUUCAUACAGGAUGGCCAACAGACCUAGGAAUAUGCAGAUAAAUUCUGUUUUGGCAAUAUAAAAAUAGUGCCAGCAGUUUUGAUUUACGUAAUAUAUAGUACACUUCUACCUAUUAAGGUUUAAUUUGAGCCAUACAUUUAAUAUUUUUCUGCAUUUUUGGCACCCUGGCUAAGUCCCAUUUGUUUUUAAAGCAAGCUGAAAGUGUUUUCCCUGCACUCUUAUCUGCUCAAAUAGAUCUUGCAGGUAUAUGAAACUACAAAUCCCACCAAAAUUGGCUUAUCAGAGCAUAGAGAUAGGUGGCCCUAAGCAGCAAUGUGUUUACUAUAUUUCCUUCAGUGCGCUGGAAAAAAGGUGUGUAUCUGAUCUUGACUCCUUGGCAUGUGCCUAUUGUGUUCUGUAAUGUUUACAUUUUCUUGCCUAAAUAUUCAAAUUAAAAGUACAUCACUGCUGUAGGAGAAAGAAGAAUUAGUUUAUCAGUAUUAAAACCUACAGAACUGAACCUUAUUGUGACACUCUGGAUGUUUUUAAGUGUCAUGUUCUUACCUGAAGUAUCUUGUAUGGCUUAACUUUCUUUGUAAAGGAGCACUAUCAAGAUAAGCACUUAAGAUUCUCAGCUGUGUUACUUUGUUGCCUUUGGAAAAAGGUGUCCAAAAUAUGGCCUUCCUGUUGUAUUUCAAAAGAAUGGCUGUUGAUUUCAAUAGAACAUCUAAACAAAUGUGCUUCUAACUGCAGCUUUAGUGCUUGCAUGAUAAAUUAUCAGAAGCUUAGAUGAGUAUUUUCAAAUUUAUGAUAGCUCUUGAGUCUGAAUAGUGUGGAUUGCACCAAGUUUUGUGUUUUGUGUAUUGCAUUUCAUUGCACUGAGACAAUUACACACACAACCAGUUUCCUUUCCAGGGUCUGAACUGGCGGUUCACUAUGGCCAAAUGUCAAAUCUUAAUGGCUUGAAAAAUGUUUUAAAGGAAACUCUUUUAAAAGUUUGGUUUUCUUGUUAAUAUUCUUAUCUAUUUUGAGGUUGCCUUGAAAAGGCAGCUGAAGUAGCCAUCACCAAUGUAUGACAAGGACUUUAACUUAAAUUCUAUUGAAGUUGUUUCUGAUGUUAAACUAAAGGUGUGUGAUAAACACAAAAGGUUUGUUUUUAUAAUUAUGUAUAUCUUGUAUACAUAUACCAGUUUAAUACUUCUGUGUUGAAUUUUAAGUAGCAAUCCAACUAACUUUUUAGGACUGAGGAUUCCUAGUUUCAAAAGUUUUCUUUUAAUGUAAUGUUGCUGCUUUGUAUUACUUUUCUACUGUAUGUUUUCUUUACCUAGAUCUUUAUUAAGAGAAUUUGGAGUAAAAUAAACUUGUUCUUUUGAGUUA